UUUCUUUAAAGAUGAGAUUGAGAGUGGAGAAAAAUUAGUCCAACCAAAAGAAGAAAAAGUUAACCCAAAAAAGAGAGGACAGAGAGCGACCAGUUUCACUUCAAAAUAAGGUUGAUUUUGAUUUGAUCUGAUUUCUUUGUAAAAUUUUCCCAAUUCCCACAAACCCAUGGCGGUAGAAUUGGAAGAGAGGCCGUGAUUUUUACUCUGGCCAUAGCUGGCAAGAGCUGGCUCCCCCCCUCUUUAUAGGCCCAGUUGCCCUUGUCUUUGCGUCUCCUCCUCUCUCUUCCACGGGUACAAUUUCUUUGUUUCCCCGAUUAAAUGUGCCUAGAUUUGUGGGUCAACUCCACUGUUAUCUCUAUUUCUCUGGGUGUUGCUGAUUCUGCAUUGGAAGGCUUCUGAUUCUGAACGGAGCUCUCAAGGAGGAAAUGAGUGUUUCGAGGUUCAUUAAGUGUGUCACGGUUGGGGAUGGCGCCGUUGGGAAAACUUGUAUGCUCAUCUCCUACACCAGCAAUACUUUCCCCACGGAUUACGUGCCGACUGUUUUCGACAAUUUUAGUGCAAAUGUAGUCGUGGAUGGCAGCACAGUCAACCUAGGCUUGUGGGAUACUGCUGGCCAGGAAGAUUACAAUAGAUUGAGACCGUUGAGCUAUCGUGGAGCCGAUGUAUUUCUGUUAGCAUUCUCUCUCAUAAGCAGGGCUAGCUAUGAAAAUAUCGCCAAAAAAUGGAUUCCUGAACUGAGGCAUUAUGCUCCUGGUGUACCGGUUAUUCUCGUCGGGACUAAGCUUGACCUUCGAGAAGAUAAACAGUACCUCAUUGAACACCCAGGGGUGGUGCCCAUUACAACGGCCCAGGGGGAGGAACUGAGAAAACUCAUCGGUGCUCCAAUGUACAUCGAAUGCAGUUCGAAAACGCAGCAAAAUGUGAAAGCGGUUUUCGACGCAGCAAUCAAAGUGGUCCUCCAGCCUCCGAAGCGGAAGAAGCAAAAGAAGAGAAAGACACAAAAGUCUUGCUCUAUAUUAUGAUGCAAAAUUAGCUGUAUCACGACUGGUUAGAAUUCAAAGACCUACUACUAAGCUACUCAUCAUUUAGCCCCUAACUAUCACUAUGUGAGUUAUAUUUCCACAUUGUCAAAAAAAAAAAAAAAAACGUUAUCCUUACGCUACCCCGCAUUCAAGCAGCAGAUUUCAUCCUCUGUUCUGCCUGCUUUCUAGGCUGUGCUUUGAUUUGUAAAAAGUGGAUUAAAGUCAUCAGUAUGUAAUAUUCGCGACGAUAGUAUAUAUUCGAGAUUAGAUAUCUUUUAUGUAAUAGAUUCUUGUGUUAGUAUCGGUGUAGCUCUGCUCUAUAUGUCGUUGUGGUUCGAUAUACUAUAAUGUUGGAUGGUUUCACUACCAGUUGGUUAGAAUCAUCUUUCCAGAAAGUUGGGUGAGGGUGACUGUAGAAGAAAGCUUUUCCAUCGAUUGACUUUUAGAAACCUUUAUUUUGGUUUGGCAGUCUCUGGAUUUGGUAUAAUAGUGUUUUUGAUUGUGA